CGACUCUGGAUAGAUGAAUUAAGGAGAGUCGGUUUCCUUUGGCUAAGUGCAAUAUACCUCUCAUUGACUGACUAUGUAUGAAGGUACCAUUCCAGAAUCCAAGGCUGGAGUUAAGAAAAGGGCUGAAAGUGCAAUGCAGCCUUAUCAGUAAAGAAUCAAUUUUACAUCACGUCUAUUGCCGAAGCGAUGUACUAUACUUUAUAACACUUCCCCCUUCUGUAACUGUCUUUGAUUGAUUGGUUACAGUUGCAACUUUUCAUUUCGAUCAUUUUGCACAGCAUGCACGCAGACGCGGAGAACAGCUUGACCCGGGGGAGAAGGUAUUCGGCCAUUUUGGUCUAAAGGGGGCCUUGGCUGUCACCACGUGAGGAAGAAGAGCCCGAAAUAGAGCAAGACAACUCCGGGAACUUUGCCUCAAAAAGACCGAGAGGGGAGAGAGCAAACGUCGAUUCAUGCGUGAAGCUACAGAAGAGUAGCCAGUUUACAGAAUGCCCUCAAUUACUCUACCGCCGAAGGAGAAUGCUCUCUUCAAGAGAAUAUUGAGAUGCUACGAGCACAAGCAGUACAGAAAUGGACUCAAGUUCUGCAAACAGAUCCUCUCCAACCCAAAGUUCACAGAGCAUGGAGAGACACUGGCGAUGAAAGGCCUGACCCUGAACUGUUUGGGGAAGAAGGAGGAUGCGUAUGAGCUGGUGAGACGAGGCCUGCGCAACGACCUCAAGAGUCAUGUCUGCUGGCAUGUGUACGGUCUGCUGCAGCGGUCGGAUAAGAAGUACGACGAGGCCAUCAAGUGCUAUCGCAACGCUCUGAAGUGGGACAAAGACAACCUGCAGAUCCUCAGGGACCUUUCACUGCUCCAAAUCCAGAUGAGAGACCUGGAGGGCUACAGGGAGACCCGCUAUCAGCUCCUGCAGCUGCGUCCAGCACAGAGGGCCUCAUGGAUCGGCUACGCCGUGGCCUACCACCUGUUGGAAGACUUUGAGAUGGCCGCCAAGAUCGUCGAAGAAUUCCGCAAAACACAACAGACAUCGCCGGACAAAGUGGACUACGAGUACAGUGAGCUGCUGCUGUACCAGAACCAGGUGCUCAGGGAGGCGGGGCUGUUCAAGGAAGCACUGGAGCACCUCACAACCUAUGAGAAACAGAUCUGUGACAAGCUUGCUGUGGAGGAGACCAGAGGAGAGCUGCUGCUGCAGCUAGAUCGCUCGGAGGAGGCCACAGAAGUCUACCGACAACUCCAGGAAAGGAACCCUGAGAACUGGGCCUACUACCAGGGUCUGGAGAAAGCACUGAAACCAGCUAGCAUAGAGGAGAGGCAGAAGCUCUAUGAGGAGGCAUGGGUGAAGUAUCCCAAAGGACUGGUUCCCCGGAGGCUGCCUCUCACCUUCCUCACAGGUGAGAAGUUCCGUGAAUGUCUGGACUGCUAUCUGAGGACCAACUUCAGUAAAGGCUGUCCGCCUGUCUUCACCACUCUGAAGUCCCUGUAUCACGACAAGGAGAAGGUGUCAAUCGUUGAAGAAUUAGUGGUUGGAUACGAGACGUGUUUGAAAAGCUGUCGAAUGUUCAAUCAAAAUGAUGGUGGUAAGGAGGAGCCCCCCACCACUCUACUGUGGGUCCAGUACUUCCUGGCGCAGCACUUUGACCACGUGGGCCAGCAGACGCUAGCCCUGGACUACAUCAACACAGCCAUCGAGAGCACACCCACGCUCAUAGAACUGUUCCUCAUCAAGGCCAAGAUAUACAAGCAUGCAGGUAACAUAAAGGAAGCAGCCAGGUGGAUGGACGAGGCCCAGGCUCUGGACACUGCUGACCGCUUCAUCAACUCAAAAUGUGCCAAGUACAUGUUGAAGGCCGGCCUGGUCAAAGAGGCUGAGGAGAUGUGCUCAAAGUUCACACGGGAGGGUGCGUCGGCGGUAGAGAAUCUCAAUGAGAUGCAGUGCAUGUGGUACCAGACAGAAUGUGCUCUGGCCUACAAGUCCAUGAACAAGUUUGGAGACGCUCUCAAGAAGUGCCAUGAGAUCGAGAGGCAUUUUGUGGAGAUCACGGACGACCAGUUUGACUUCCACACGUACUGCAUGAGGAAGAUGACGCUGCGAUCCUACGUGGACCUGCUCAAGCUGGAGGACGUGCUGCGCAUGCACCCCUUCUACUACAAAGCUGCCCGCACCGCCAUCCAGAUCUACCUCGGCCUGCACGACAACCCCCUCACCGACGACAACAAGGAACACCAGGCCGACGCCGAGAACCUGAAUGACAAAGAGCUGAAGAAGCUGAGGAACAAGCAGAGACGAGCCCAGAAGAAAGCCCAACUAGAGGAGGAGAAGAAGAACGCCGAGAAGGAGAAACAGCUGAAGAACCAGAAGAAGAAGAAAGAGGACGACGACGAGGAGAUCGGAGGACCCAAGGAGGAGCUCAUACCAGACAAACUAGCCAAGGUGGAGAACCCACUCGAGGAGGCAGUGAAGUUUUUAACACCCCUGAAAAACCUGGUGAAGAACAAGAUUGAGACCCACCUCCUGGCCUUCGAGAUCUACUUCAGGAAAGAGAAGUACCUGCUGAUGUUGCAGUCAGUGAAGAGAGCGUUCUCCAUGGAGCCCUCCCACCCUUGGCUGCACCAGUGUCUAGUGCGCUUCUUCAAAGGAGUGUCAGACAGUAAGGACCUACCAGAGGCUGUGCGGACUGUUUUGAAGCAGGAGAUAUCGCGGCUGUUUGGGGAGAACAACCCACAGAGCUUCAACAAGAACUACCUGAGCCAACACUCCAACUCUAUACCACAUCGUGUGGCUGCUGCAAAGAUGAUGUUCUAUCUGGACCCGUCCUCGGACAAGAUGGCCUCUGAGCUGGCUACAGCGCUGGAUGAGUCCCUCAAUGAAAGAAGCAUCACGAUCUGCACAGAGGUGCUGGAGGCGCUGCGUGAUGGAAAUCUGGGUGACGGGCAGCAAAAGGCAGCGGAGGUGUACCGGGCCGCAUGUAACAAGCUGUACCCCCACACCCUGGCCUUCAUGCCCCCUGGUUACGAGGACAACGCCUCCACCAUCAACGCCAACGGAGACCUGUCAGCCGGAGAACACGACGACAUGGCAAAUGACAUGUGAGAGAAGAGCGAGAGAGUAGAGGAGCACACACGCUGCCAGUCGGCAGUCUGACAACACCCCAGCUACGGUUGUUUGUUCGUGAAUGCCCCCUGCAGUGCACUGACCUGGACUGAGAGCCGCAGAGGGAAGAGGGGAAAAACGAAUGCCUAUUUUACUUUUUUUAAACCCUGUUGACAACUCUAUUCUUUAACUGAAACAAAUGAAACAGUAUGAGAAGAGUGGAAAGUGGUUAGGGUGGCUGCCGUUAAGUCAGGUUUUUACUCCUGUGUUUUCACGCCUGUAUUUCUCCUGUAUGUGCAUCUGCUUCUCACGUUUUUAACAGUAAUUUAUAUAUUAAAAAUGACAAAGAAUAAAAAAAGUUUGCAAAAGUUGAAAGAUAUCAAUUGUAGUGGUGGUGAUGGAGGAUUGUGGUUGUACUUGUGGGCUGGCGUGUGCCAAUAAAGAAAGGCGGAACUUUUAAAAGGAGACAUCACUUAUUUCCUGGGGGAGGCGUAGGAGCGAUGCACUCAGUUACUGAGCUCAAGCAGUCCUCUGCUUGGCCACAAGGGGGCGCAGUGGUAGUUCCCGGCGUGGCCUCCAGGAGGGGACAGGACACAGUUGAUCUGAAUGCAGGGACACAGAACUCAAAGCUCGCCUGGACUGCUGUAUGACUGACGUGCAGAUUUAUCGGUUUUUAUUUUCCGCUCAGUAUUUUCCUUUCUAGUUGUACCCAUGUGAAAGUCCCGUAAAACCACUUCAUGAUAAAACAAAUGUUUGUUUGGGGAUUUAAUUUCUGUUGGUCAUAUGUUGAAAAAAGGCUUAAUCCAAGUUCUCCCCUUUAUUUGGGCGGGAGCCUUUUUCCCAAUCAUACUGAAUUCUGCACAUAGACCACGCCAAUCUAACACCAAGGAGUUCUCAAUAAAACUAAACUUAAAUAAAAAAUAUAUUUCCUGA